AUGAUGCUUGCAGAAUCAAAUGCUUUUGUAUCAAUGUCAUCUAGUGCCGAUCAAGAUUAUCCACCGAGUAAUAUUCUUGAUCCAAGUGAUAAAGUCUUUUGGAUGACAACAGGUUUAUAUCCUCAAGAAUUUAUUAUUACAUUCAAAGAACCAAUUGAAUUUCGACAAAUACGAUUUGUUACAACUAAUGUCAAACGUUUUGUUAUGUUUACUACGACCAACACAGAACCAAGGAAUUUCGAUACUAUUCUUGAAAAAACUUUACCAAAUAAUGAAAAUGAUCUUCAAAUCAAUGAAUAUACAUUAGAUCGUUUAACAGAAGUUCGUCAUUUUAAAUGCGUCAUUUUAGCUGGUUAUGAUAGUUUUGCAAAUGUACGUGCUAACGAUUGGCCUCUGAUGAAAGAUGUUCGUCCAACUGUUGCGAUAGCUAUUGCCUAUGUUUUUGCUAUUGUUUUUGGACGAAAAUGGAUGAAAAAUCAAAAGGCUUUUGAAUUACGGAACUUUAUGUUUAUUUAUAAUGUUUUACAAGUGAUAUUUUGUGCUUACAUAACUUAUGAAACAGCAUAUGUAUGGUUUAAAGAGAGAUACAGUUUUCUUUGUCAACCUGUUGAUUAUUCAAAUCAUAUAACUGCUAUUCAAGCUUGUAAGGCAUGUUGGUGGUAUUAUAUUAUGAAAGUAGUCGACUUGAUUGAUACAAUUAUUUUUGUAUUACGGAAAAAAGAUAAUCAAAUAACAUUUUUACAUGUUUAUCAUCAUCUUACAAUGCUAUUUUUCUCAUGGUACGGAGGAAAAUAUGUUGGAGGUGGUCAAUCCCUCUUUAUUGCGAUUUUAAAUUCUUUUAUUCAUGUUGUUAUGUAUGCUUAUUAUGGUUUAAGUGCUUGUGGUUCUCACAUACAAAAAUAUCUUUGGUGGAAACGUUAUUUAACACAAGCUCAACUUAUUCAAUUUGUUGCUGUAAUUAUUCACUCAAGUAUUAAUUUAAUCACACCAUGUAACUUUCCAAAAAUUUUUGAUAUUGCAUUUUUACUUUAUGGCAUAUCAAUACUGUUACUUUUUGCUAAUUUUUAUUUACAAAAUUAUAUAAAGACAGCAAAACAUCGAAAAGAAGCAUAA